AUGUGGAGUCUUUCAUUUUUCUUUUUCUUUUCCCACACACAAGAGGAUUUUGUUACUUUUUUUUCAUUGUUUUUAAGCAGUAGGAGUGAGCGCAAGAAUAAAAAAAAAAAAAAAGGAAACACUGUGGGCCGUGCAUCGCCGAUGGCGUCGCAGAAGCCGGAGGAUGUCACCGUUUCAGAUGGCAUGCUAGCCAACCUGGAGCGCGAAUUCAAUGAGGCGAUGCAAGCGUUAGAGGGACACGUGAAGUUUGGCUGUUUUCGCGAAGAGUACGAAAAGCUGCACCGGGCUUUACUCAACAGCCAUGAGUCGGAGAAGCGUCUGGUGAGGCGCUGUCAGCAGCUGACGCAGGAGCUUAUGAGUAAUGCUGCCAAGAUGCAGGCCGCGGUGAAGCUUGCGCAGGACGACCACACCACCAUUGAGGCGCUCAAGAAGGAGACAGAGAAGGCCUGGCGUAUGGUGGAUGUCGCGAACGAGAAGGACGCCCGCGCGAAGGAGACGAUUAAAAAACUUCGAGAGGAGGUCUUCUCGUUGCAGGAGAUUGUGGAGAACGGCACCGAACUCACCCCCACGCAGACCGCCACGCUUGAGGAGUUGAAGCUGGAAAAGAAGCGGAUGCAGUCGGAGUAUGACGAGCUUGUCAAGCAGAUGGAAACACUCACGCGGGAGACGUUUGAGUUGGGCCACAAGAUGAAGGAGGCGGAGGAGGAGAUGAUGAAACAUCAGGAAGAGCUGCGCCGUGUUACAGAUCGUGAAAAGACAGUGCGGCAGGAAUACGAAAAGGAGUUAAAGGCGCGGGAUCGCUCCAACUUACAGCUGCGGGAGCAACUCCUCCUCGUGCAGCAGCGUGAGAAGGAACUGAAGUCGCAUGAACAGUUGCACAGCAAACUUUCUUCCGCUGUCAAUCUUUUGCGGUUGCAGCUGCAGGAGGACCAGAACAGACGACAGGCGCUCGCGCAAAAGAUUGAGUCGGCGGAGAGGCAAUUGUACCACACGCAGCAGUCCUACGAUGAUGCCGUGGAUACAAGAGAGGCCUUAAAUGAGCGUCACCGAGAGGUUCGAAAGGAGAUUACAGAAGCAGAAAAGAAAGCCGUUGAUAUUACUGCGGAGAAGCAGCGGACCCAUCGGGUACGGGACAAUGACUACAAGGAACUUUGCCGCCUUGUGCAGCAGAAUGAAGACAUACGGCGGGAUCAAACGAACCUUGAACGGCAACGGUUAAAUGUUGAGAAACGCAUCGAAAUGGCAAGGAGAGAAAAGGAGGAUUUAUGUCGUGCGUUUGAAAUGAUGCAACGGGAAAAGGAUUCGCUGAAGAAAGUCUCAGAGAAGGAACGGGAGAAGAUGCAGAUCAUUGAAAAACUGAUUGCGAAUGAGGUGGAGAGCCAGGCGGAGAUAGAGGACGCCAUCGCACGUGAGCGUGAGAUCGGCACACGUCUACGGCAGACGGUGGCACGGCUGGAGAGCGAACGGGAGAAGUAUGUGCAUGAGGUCUCGCAGGUCUCCCUGCACCACACGCAGGCACAAGAAGAAUUGAAGAUCGCCAGCAUUACUUGCGAGGAGACCCAAAAGGCGAUUGAUGACAGUGAGCAGAAACUGAAAAAGCAGCAGAGUCGAUAUGAACAGGUGCGCUCGGAGCGGAAUCUUUACUCAAAGAAACUCAUUGAGUCGCAAGACGAGGUGGUGGAGUUGAAGCAAAAGUUCCGCAUGAUGGACCACCAGAUUCUUCAGCUGAAGGAGGAGUUGGCGAUGAAAGAGAAGAAGUUUCAAGAGGAGUCUAGCGCGCAGAAGACGUCAAAGGACAAGCUGACAAAAGUUCGCAAAGUUGUCAAUGAGCGAACUGCCGCCUUGGAUGAGGCGAACCAGCGGUGUGAAAAUGUAGGGCAAAAGAUCAAACAGCUUGUGAAGGUCAUCAGCCGGUGCGACAAGGAGCUCAGUGAGCAUCAGCAGCGGUUCCUGGCGGUGAGUGGGGAACGCGAUCUCUUAGGCACACAACUUAUACGGCGAAAUGACGAACUUGCACUUCUUUACGACAAGGUGCGCAUGCAGCAGGAGUUGUUGACGCACGGGGAAGCCGCCUGCCGGGCGCGCGUAGAAGACAUGCGACUGCUACGAUUAAAAAUUGAGGACUUGAAACGGAAGGCUUCGAUUGCACAGAAACGCGCAUUUCACACGGAGUGUCUGAAGGACGAAAUCAACCAACUCCAGUACGAGUUGCAGGCACAACGAGCGAAGGUGCAGGCCCUCACAGAGGAGGCGGAGAACCCGAAGAAUACGCUCCGCUGGGAAAACAUCUCCGGCCGCGAUCCUACACCAGAGGAAAUCGAAAAAAAAAUUGCUCUGUUGCAGCGUCGCCUCAUCACCAAGUCUGAGGAAUGUGUCGAGAAGGAUAUGGAGGUUCAGGAAAAGCAACGUCUUGUGACGGAGCUGCAGAACAUUUUUGCCCGUCAGCCAGGACAUGAGGUGGCACGGCAGCUAAACGUCAUGCAUAAGGAAUUAGGCCAUAAGAACGCGGUGAUGAAACAAAAGGCGUCUGAGUUGAACAUGACAUCUACACACAUUUCAGAGCUGAAAUAUGAGGCAGAACGUCUACGACGUGAACUCCACGAAACAAAGAGAAAGUACUAUGAAAUGCAAAUGAGCAACGACAAAAUUGCGGAGUAUCUUUCACACACCAAAAACACAUCGACCUUUUCCGGAUUUUGA